UUUCUCCACACAAGUUCUUUGCCACUUAGCUAACUACUUCUGCUACUACUUCUGAUUCACACAAAAUAACAAACACCAUCUAUGGAAUUCAUUUCCUUAUUGUUUAUGCUAUUCUUUGUUUCAAUUCUCCUUGUCUUUCUCUUCCAUUCUAUCUUCAAAUUCUUUGAUUUCAAUCCCCGGAAUUUGCCUCUCCCUCCUGGCUCAUUGGGUUGGCCUUACAUAGGCAAAACCUUCCAACUCUACUCUCAAAACCCAAAUGUCUUCUUUGCCUCUAAACUGAAGAGGUAUGACUCUGUCUUCAAAACCCACAUCUUGGGUUGUCCCUGUGUGAUGAUUUCAAGUCCUGAAGCUGCUAAAUUCGUGCUUGUAACAAGAGCUCAUCUGUUCAAACCAACAUUUCCUGCAAGUAAAGAGAGGAUGUUAGGCAAACAAGCCAUCUUCUUUCACCAGGGAGAUUACCAUGCUAAGUUGAGAAAACUUGUACUUCGUGCCUUUGUUCCUGAAGCAAUCAAAACCACCGUCUGUGAUAUUGAAUCCAUUGCCAAAGACUCUCUAAAAUCUUGGGAAGGAAGAAUUAUAAACACUUUCCAGGAAAUGAAAACUUACACAUUCAACGUUGCACUACUUUCAAUAUUUGGAAAGGAUGAGUUCCUAUACAGAGAAGAUCUGAAGAGAUGUUACUACAUUCUUGAGAAAGGAUACAAUUCAAUGCCCAUUAACCUGCCAGGGACACUCUUCAACAAAUCCAUGAAAGCAAGAAAAGAACUUGCUCAGAUCUUGGCAAAAAUUCUCUCUAGCAGAAGGCAAAUGAAGCUCGAUAAAAAUGACUUGCUUGGAUCCUUCAUGGGUGACAAAGAAGGCCUCACAGACGAUCAAAUAGCUGAUAAUAUUAUAGGUGUAAUCUUUGCAGCUCGUGACACAACUGCUAGUGUUCUAACAUGGAUUCUCAAGUACCUUGGAGAAAACCCCAGUGUUCUUCAAGCUGUCACUGAAGAGCAAGAGGACAUAGUAACAAGUAAAGAGAAGGGUGGUGAGGAAGAGCUUCUCACUUGGGCAGAUACCAAAAAGAUGCCAAUUACUACAAGGGUGAUUCAAGAGACACUGAGAGUUGCUUCAAUUUUAUCUUUCACUUUUAGAGAAGCUGUUGAGGAUGUUGAAUAUGAAGGAUAUCUAAUCCCAAAAGGAUGGAAAGUUUUGCCACUUUUCAGAAACAUUCACCAUAGCCCAGAAAUAUUUCCAGAUCCUGAAAAGUUUGAUCCUUCAAGAUUUGAGGUUGCACCAAAGCCCAAUACUUUUUUGCCUUUUGUGCAGAUACAAAAUGCGCUACUUUCCUCCUUAUAGAAGGCCACCAAUUAUGAUCUUGAUAAAUUUUGGUAGCUCUAGGGCGAAUACUAUGCUUAUGAGCUUCUCUCAUAAGAUCUCCUUUCAGUACACAAUUUGUUGCCAUAUUGGAGGAUCCCUCUAUUGUCAAACAUAAACUUAUCAUUCUUACAUUGCUGAAUUGCUCCUAUUAUUUUCAUCAA